CCGCGGCGGGAGGAGGGCGUGCGCGUGCGCGCGCGCGGGGCCGGCCCGACCUGUUCCGUCCCAGCCCUUGUAAACAGGCGGAGGCCGGGCGGGGUGGGAAUGGGGCGCCUGAGGCCGGCCCGGGGCGCGGCGCAGAAGGCGGCGGUGGCGGCCGCGGUGGCGGCGGCGGAGCGGGCGGUUGCGCGGCGGCAGGCGCAGGUGUGAUGGGCAGGUGAGGAGAAGCUGCCUCCCUGUCGGAUCUCAGCAUGACCGAGUGCUUCCUGCCCCCCACCAGCAGCCCCAGCGAGCACCGCAGGGCUGAGCACGGCAGCGGGCUGACCCGGACGCCCAGCUCCGAGGAGAUCAGCCCCACCAAGUUCCCCGGACUCUACCGCACGGGCGAGCCCUCGCCCCCGCAUGACGCCCUGCACGAGCCUGCCGACGCGGCCUCAGAGGAUGAGAAGGAGCACGGCAAGAAGAAAGGGAAGUUCAAGAAGAAGGAGAAGAGGACCGAAGGCUAUGCUGCCUUUCAGGAAGAUAGUUCUGGAGAUGAGGCCGAAAGCCCUUCCAAAAUGAAGAGGUCCAAGGGAAUCCAUGUGUUCAAGAAGCCCAGCUUUUCUAAGAAGAAAGAGAAGGAUUUUAAAAUAAAAGAGAAACCCAAAGAAGAAAAGCAUAAAGAAGAAAAGCACAAAGAAGAAAAGCAUAAAGAGAAGAAGUCAAAAGACUUGACGGCGGCCGAUGUUGUUAAACAGUGGAAGGAAAAGAAGAAAAAGAAGAAGCCCCUCCAGGAGCCAGAGGUGCCUCAGGUGGAUGCUCCGAGCCUCAGGCCCGUCUUUGGGAUUCCCCUGGCGGCCGCGGUGGAGAGGACCAUGCUGUGCGAUGGUGUGCGCCUGCCGGCCGUCUUCCGGGAGUGUGUGGACCACGUGGAGAGGCACGGCAUGCAGUGCGAGGGCAUCUACAGAGUCUCAGGAAUUAAAUCAAAGGUGGAUGAGCUAAAAGCAGCCUAUGACCGAGAGGAGUCUCCGAAUUUGGAAGAAUACGAGCCUAACACUGUAGCCAGUUUGCUGAAGCAGUACCUGCGGGACCUACCAGAGAAUCUGCUUACCAAAGAGCUUGUGCCCCGGUUCGAGGAGGCUUGUGGGAGGGCCACGGAGAGCGAGAAGGUGCAGGAAUUCCAGCGCCUGCUGCAGGAGCUGCCGGAGUGUAACUACCUUCUCAUCUCCUGGCUCAUCGUGCACAUGGGCCACGUCAUCGCCAAGGAGCUGGAGACGAAGAUGAACAUACAGAACAUCUCCAUUGUGCUCAGCCCCACCGUGCAGAUCAGCAACCGCGUACUCUACGUGCUGUUCACACAUGUACAAGAGCUCUUUGGAAACGUGGUCCUAAAGCAAGUGACGAGACCUCUGCGGUGGUCUAACAUGGCCACAAUGCCCACGCUGCCAGAGACCCAGGCGGGCAUCAAGGAGGAGAUCCGGAGACAGGAGUUUCUUCUGAAUUGUUUACAUCGAGAUCUGCAGGGUGGGAUAAAGGAUUUAUUUAAAGAAGAAAGAUUAUGGGAAGUACAAAGAAUUUUGACAGCCCUCAAAAGAAAACUGAGAGAAGCUAAAAGACAGGAGUGUGAAACCAAGAUUGCACAAGAGAUAGCCUCAAAAGAGGACAUUUCCAAAGAAGAAACGAAUGAAAACGAAGAAGUCAUAAAUAUUCUCCUCGCCCAGGAGAACGAGAUCCUGACUGAGCAGGAGGAGCUCCUGGCCAUGGAGCAGUUCCUGCGCCGGCAGAUCGCGGCGGAGAAGGAAGAGAUCGAGCGCCUCAGAGCCGAGAUCGCCGAGAUCCAGAGUCGCCAGCAGCACGGCCGCAGCGAGACCGAGGAGUACUCCUCCGAGAGCGAGAGCGAGAGCGAGGACGAGGAGGAGCUGCAGGUCAUUCUGGAGGACCUGCAGAGGCAGAACGAGGAGCUGGAGAUCAAGAACACCCACCUGAACCAGGCGGUGCACGAGGAGCGCGAGGCCAUCAUCGAGCUGCGCGUGCAGCUGCGCCUGCUCCAGACGCAGCGGGCCAGGGCCGAGCAGCCGGCACCCGAGGACGAGGAGCCGCGCGACGCACCCGAGGCCAAGCCCUCGCCCGGCCGGGACCGGAGGGAGACGCCCCUGUGAGCGCCGGCCAGGCUCAGGUUCAGGAGGAGAACGUGGGGACGGCCGGGCCCGAGGGGCAGACCCCGUCCAGUCAGCUUGUUUGAAGAUUGAUUUUCUUUGUUAACUUAAAGUAACUAUUUUAACCCUUGAGUGGCUUCUUUUUAAACCAAAAAUCGUGUUUCUUUGCUUUUUUAUCACAGCAGAAUCAGGAUCUCAUUCGAGGUGGGGAAACCAGGCCAGGUGGUGCCCGCCUGCCGAGCCGCCGCGGGGGGCGCGCCUGGCCUCUUGCUUGUGCCUUCUCACACCUUUUCGGUGCAGAUUUUUCAGGGGGAGCCGCCUCAUGUUGCCGGCUGGCCAGUGGCUCUCACCGGGGUUCCCUGGCCCACUGCUGCCUCCUGAUCCCAGGAGGCCUCUCGGGGUGGCAGACGGAGGCUGGGGCGCCCGCCCGCUCGCAGGCCCCGGCUACUCACUGCCAGCGAUCAGCAAAGGCCUUCGCGCUGGGGAUGGGGAGGCGGCCCCUGGCCGAGGCAUCGCAGAUGUUUCUCAAACCAGAAACCUUCGGGGCGACCCUCCAGUAAGCAGCCACGUGGGUCGCUUGCUGGGGCCGGGUGUGCACGCCUGCUGAAGAAGCUCGGCCUCAGACCUGCAGGACUCCAGCUGCAGGUCAGCGGGAGGAGGGCCGCUGCUCCCGCUGGCUGACGGCCCAGCCUCUUCUGCUUCUGCCCAUCAGAUCGGGCGCUGCGAGGCUCGGGGGCCAGGCUCUUGCGGCAGAUGCGCGGCACCGAGAGGCCGGCCUGGUGGCUCUGCAGACAGACCCCACACACCACCGCGAGGCCCUGGCCUCCUCCCGGUUAGUAUUUAUUUCCAGCACCUGUUUGAUGCGGUUUUUUAUCCUCUACCUAUUGCACUGUUGUGACUUGUCGGCCAUUAUUUGAUUUUUGUACGAAAAAAAGCUUUGUUAUAGAAAUCAGCAUACUAUUUUUUUAAAUCUGGAGAGAAGAUAUUAUGGUGACUGAAAAUAUGGUCAGGUGUCAAAUAUAAAUGUAUAAACGCCUUCUUGCUGUUCUGUCCGACAUAUUACGUUCAUUUUGUAUUUGCUGGCAACACCGAAGGUUUCUUUUGUUUGUGUGAACUCUAAUUUCUAUAAAGGUAUCAUGGAUUUUUAAAAUUAAUGUUUCAUUACAACUGUCUCAGCGUUGGUUAACUAAUUUUUGCCAGGACUAUUAUUGAUUGAGCAAAUAAAUUCAACAGCUGUU